CUCUCCAACAAACUGUCAGUAUUGACAGUUCAUUUGGGAAUCUCACGUUUGGAUGUUUAUAAAUUAUUGUAAAAGGUUUAUAAACGUAUAUAAAGGCUUAUUCGUAAGUUAAUUUAAAAAUAAAUAACAAUGUCUAACGAAAAAGCAUUGCUUCAAUGUUACAAUAGAGGUUGUGGUCAAAAAUUCGAUCCAGACAAAACUAAUGAAGACUCUUGCAGACAUCAUCCUGGUGAACCUGUAUUCCAUGAUGCAUACAAAGGAUGGAGCUGUUGCAAUAAGAAAUGUACAGAUUUUACGGAAUUUUUGAACAUACAAGGUUGUACACUAUCCAAACAUUCUAACAUCAAGCCAGUAGAACCUGAAAAACCAGUAGCUAAAGAUGUAGAUGUAAAUGAAGUCAUUGAGGUUAAGCCCAUAGUUCAAUCAACAAUGGAAAGGCCUUCCUUUAAUACUCCUUUAGUCACAAUAAAGGCACAAGUAGCACCAUCUCUUCAACAACAACUCAAAAUAUUAGAAACCAAACAAGAGGUAAAGACAACAAACUUAUCAGGAGAAAUUGUUAUAGGAACCACAUGUAAAAAUGGAGGCUGUGGAACAACAUAUGAAGGGCCACAAACAAAUGACACAACUUGUACUUAUCAUCCAGGAGUGCCAAUAUUUCACGAAGGCUUAAAGUUUUGGUCCUGUUGUCAAAAGAGAACAACUGAUUUUGAUGCAUUUUUAAAUCAAGUUGGCUGUGAAACUGGGACUCACAUAUGGAGUAAAGAAGCGGCAGGUGAUGAAACUGUACAAUGUCGGUGGGAUUUUCAUCAAACCGGCUCCCACGUGGUUGUCUCAAUUUAUGCCAAAGAGUAUUGUCUAAAGGAGAGCAUAGUUAAGCUUAAUCCAGUAAGGAUGUAUGCCAAACUGGUCUUCCCACAACAGUCUAAUGCAAGUUUUCUUCUUGAUAAUGAGCUAAAAGGGAUUAUUAAUGUGGAAGCUAGUCAAGUAACUAUGUACGGAACAAAAGUAGAAAUAAAAAUGAAGAAAGCCGAAGCGGGAAGCUGGAGUAAACUAGGCACACCUGUAACUGCAGAACAGGCCCAAAAAGCAGCAAAUCCAGUAGGGAAAAUUACGCGUGCCGUCGACGCUGUUGAUCUAGAUGAUUUAUAACUAAAGUGUAAUCUAGUUUUUUGUACUUUUUUACAUCAUGAAUGUAGACAACCUUGUAGUGAAAAAAACUUUAUUUUUGCUAACUUUUUCAAGGAGUUGAGAUUUUGGAAUGUUAUUUUAAUAUUUUAUCACAGUUUUUAUGUUAAAAAUUCAGUUUUAAAGUAUUUGCGACACAUGCUAAGUUAAAUAUUAAAUGUAUAAAUGUUAAAGCUUGAAAUAAACAAUUUUUUUAAAUUA